CCCACCCUUCCUUCCGUCUCCACGUUGCGCCAGGGCGAGGCAGUCGCGUCCGUGUAGCCAGCCGCGGUAUCGGGAGGCCGGGCGUCCGAUCUUGGCUUAGGGAAGCCGGGCGAGCCGUUUUUGCCAAGCAGGCGCCUCCGACAGACGACGGCUCCCGGCUCUCUGGAGAGAGGCGUCAUGUCAGGCUUGGAUUAUCUGGCCGCCGAGUGCCUGAUGUCCAUCUCCAGCGGGGCCUUGAUCCACCCGGCCUCCAGCCUCAUCAGCGCCAAAGAGGACCGAGGCGGGCGUCCUCCUUCCCUCCCCGGCGCCCGGCGCCCCGGCUCUGCCCUUUCGGACUGCAGCGGGAGCUGCUCCUCUUCGCCCGGUGGAGAGAGCGAGCUGAGAAGCAGCGUCCCGGUCCUGCCGCAGGCGGGGGAGCUGCCCCGAAGAGCCGGCGCUGACAGCCCCGCCAGCCUCUCCGCCAUCUCCCCGGCCAAAAGGCACCCGUGCCCUUUCCAAGGCUGCGUUAAGGUCUACGGCAAAUCCUCGCAUCUGAAGGCGCAUCUCAGGACGCACACCGGCGAGCGUCCAUUCCCGUGCAAUUGGCCCGGCUGCCAGAAGAGGUUUGCACGCUCCGAUGAGUUAGCCCGCCACUUCCGCACCCAUACCGGCGAGAAGCGCUUUGCCUGCCCACUCUGCGAGAAGCGGUUUAUGCGGAGCGACCACCUGACCAAGCAUGCCCGCCGCCACCCAGCUUUCCAGCCUGGCAUGGUCCGACGAUCUGACUGCUACAUAGCCUCCCCUACUGACUCAGCUGGCAGCAGCUUGGCUGGAAGCCCCUCCCCUGGCAGCCCUGCCUCUGAUAGCCCCGCCCCUUAAAGCGGGCAUGCCACCGUGUUUUUUGCCCUUCCCAGACCUGGCCUUUAGGGUGAGGCCAGGUCCUAUUUUAGAGGCAUUUUUUUUAAAUUCAGAAACUUGGUUUCCCUGUCACUUCCGGUUAUGAUUUAAUAUGCCUUAUUUCAGAAAAAAAAAGCUUCUUCUUGUGCUUGGUGGGCAUUUUGAUUACUGUACCGAUCCCUCUCCCUGCUUGCUUCCAAGCUGUAGCCUCUAUGCACAUUCCCAUCCCACCCAGGCUGAGGGUGGCAGGAUUUGUGGAAACCAAUCCAGCAAACUUGAUUACACUUUGUUGAUGUUCCUUUGGAAAAAGGCUCCCUUGUGGCCCCCAGUCACAAGGCAGUCAGAGAUGAUUUCCUAGCCCUUGGUCAAAGAGAUAGUCCAACCAUCAUUUUGCCUCAGUUUCCCAGCUGCAAAGAGACUUUAUUCCAGGGGUGUGCAAACUUGGCAACUUUAAAAACCUGUGUGUCAGUUUCCCCAGCCUGGGGAAAUCUGGGAGUUGAAGUCCACAGGUCUUAAAAUUGCCCUGAUUGGACACCUCUGUUUUAUUCCAAGGUCUGUGUUUGAUAUUGUUGGAAGUGUUCAGCCCAGCUCUUCCCUAUCCUGGCUGAUCUUCACAUUCAUUGUAGCCCUCAGGAAAAGAAAGUACUUUGUUCAAGUUUCACUUAGCUUUAAGUCUCUCUUUCUGGCCAACCAUAAAGGAGAACCUAUCGACUCUUUGCAUUUAGAAAGAGAGUAGAUGGCGGAAACUGCUCUCUAUGCGUUUGGCCUCCUUGCAUUUGAUAAUCAGAAUUAACUUGCCUCUGAAUAAGGAGGACCCCUCCUUAGCUACCAAGGCUAACAACAAGACAUACGAAAUCAUGGCUUUCCAUCUUGCCUCCCCAUCCUAAAUUGAUUGUUUGCAAACUAUUUUUUUGGGAGGGGAAAUGUUCAAGUUGGCAUAGGCCCUUUGACACUAGAAUCGCAGCAACAGUGGGAGAUGAUUUUCCCUCCCCCCACAGGGAAAUUGGAUGUUGGUAACUAACUUUUUGACCUGAUACUGUAUGUAAAUAUAUAUCCCUCUCCCCAGGUCAACUUUACUUAAGGUUACAAAAAAAAAAAAAAGAUGAGGACCUGUUUCUACGGGUGUAUCUGUUUCAGGGUGUGUGAGCGUGUGUGCGUGCGUGCGUGUUUAUGGUUUUUUUUAAAAAUAAAAAUAAAAAUAUGUAUUUAUUCCUUUUAAGAAUGUAGGAGACCAGUGGUAAAGUUUUAUUGUCUGACUGGUUGGCACAUGGAUGAACUAAAGCUGAAAAAGGAAUGGGAUUUUUAGUACGACUCAGGACACCUAAAAGCACUUUUUCUCACUUUUAUGGGGCUGUGGCGGCUGCUCUGCCCAGUUGCACACCAGGCAAGAGAGAGUGUGUGUGUGCGCGCGUGUUCCUUGUUUAAAAAAUGGAUGCUUUGAUGCUUUUGGUGAUGAUGAUGGUUCUUUCCAAGCUGUCAGGUGUCUCUCAGCAAUGCUAGACAGGAAGCAGGCCCCAGCAGGCAUUUGAGGACGCAAAGCUCCAGAUUUAUGGUUGGGAAAAAAGGAAUGCAGCCAUUAUGAAAGAAUUUCAGUGAUUGCUCUGUAGUCAAUGCAAAGCACGUGUAUUGUGAAAUCAGGGUUUUAUUUUCUGGUGGCUUCUGGUGCCCAUAAGGCGUGGCUGGUGUGAAGCUGCUGUAUCAGGCUGUUUGCUUUUGACUGGGUGAGAAUUGGCUCUUAUAUACAUUAAAAGCAUCUUUGAUUUCCUUCGGUGCUCUGCUUCUGAAAAUGUAAAUCCAUUUAUGUAGAAACGGCUGUCUUUACACUUGCAUUUUGAGAACGAGCCAUGCUGUCACCAUUCUCUGCCUUGCAAAUAAGGCGCAGUAGAAUAAUGAGAUCUAGGGAGAGGUACCAUUUAGAUCGGGGGCGUCCAAACUUGGGAACUUUAAGACUUGUGGACUUCAACUCCCAGAAUUCCCCAGCCAGCCAUGCUUAGAUGUUUCAAGGGAUAGCGA